UGGGAGUCGGUGUUUAAGUAAUGCACCUUCAAAAUAUGGUUAAAGGGAUGAGAUUUCCCUCAGGUGCCUGUUGUGCUUCAGCUAAGGUGUAAUUAUUGUAGCCCUAGUGCAUAUAAUUUUGUUACGGUUUGUUUUUUGCUCUUUCUCUUUUGCAGCAUGGGACUUGUUUUCCAGCUGCUAGUCUGCUUCUUAAGAAUGAAAGAUUGUGUGGAUUGUUGGAGAAGGGGAGAUCUGGGGCAGCGGAACUUUUUAUCUGGGGUGGGAAGGAGAAAUGAAAUGUGCAGUUUAAGUAACAGAAGCCAGUGAGGCUGUUUAGCUCUCCAUCCUCUUACUUGAUCACUCCAACUUUCCUGGUCUGUAUAGGAAACAGAUUCCCUUUGACAUUGCUGGAUUGUAACUUUGGAAAAUAAUGGAGGGUGAAGGAAAUUGAAAAUACCAGUAGGAAACAUGUCGGGCAAUUUUGUAGAUUUAAAAAAGCUGUUGCUAUUUAAAAAACAAAAACAGAGUCUGUAUAGUAGCUGUUGGUUUUAAGACCGCAGGAGUAUAUGAUUGUAUCUUCCAACAUCCAUUCUUUGAUUAAAAACAGCUGUGAUGUCUUGGCUAAUAAACCACAGAGCCGAGGGCUUGCCGAACAGAAGGUUGGCGGUUCGAAUCCCCGCGACGGGGUGAGCUCCCAUUGCUUGGUCCCAGCUCCUGCCAACCUAGCAGUUCGAAAGCACGUCAGAGUGCAAGUAGAUAAAUAGGUACCGCUCCGGCGGGAAGGUAAAUGGCGUUUCCGUGUGCUGCUCUGGUUCGCCAGAAGCGGCUUUGUCAUGCUGGCCACAUGACCUGGAAGCUGAAUGCCGUCUCCCUUGGCCAAUAAUGUGAGUUGAGCGCCACAACCCCAGAGUCGGUCACGACUGGACCUGAUGGUCAGGGGUCCCUUUACCUUUAUGGAGGGGGAAAGAUAGGUGCCAAUAGCAAUUUUAAGUUGUUUGAAGAGUGUGGGAGGAAGCCCUCCCUCAGCAGCUUGCGAUCCAUCUAGUUUGGUUAUUCAUUGUGUUUUGCAAACUCAUUCCUUAUAUACUUGCAAUUUAUUUUUUGGUCAGAUGUGCAUGUGUUGUACAGUAUAUACAAUUCAUACAUUAAGAAGAAGAAGAAUAGCAUUAAUAUUGCUGUCAAAAGUUAAGGUUUCGAGCUCUUCCCGACACCUGUAAAAUGUUUGUUGCUUUGUUGCCUGGCCAACUGCUGCCUUCCUUGGUGUCGUUUCCUUGUGGGCUGAUAAGAAGAAUAUUGCCCUUUCCAUCAAAAAUCAAAUAGUUGAUUUUUCCACCCUGCAACUGGUAGUGUUUUACUUACACUGGAAGAGGAGUACAGGACCUCUGUUCCAAGUUGGCUGUUGCAGAGGAGUGUAAAACCUUGAUUACGAGUUGGAGUGAAAAGCCCCCUCUUAAAUGCAAAGCAGCAAGGCGCUUCAUAGUUUUCAUGGUAAUGUUUUCUGCCACUGUUACACUGCUGUGUCCCCCCCACACACACACACAGCAGAGAUGUGUGUGAACAAACCACACGUCCUCACAUGUGUGUACACAUUUCAGGAGAGUCUUGGCUGUCUGUCGUGGCCCUCAAUGUUGGGUGAAGAACUUGGAACUCCCUGCACAGUUUCUGCUAAAGGCUUUGAUGCAUGACUCAGAUUGGUGCAUAGCCAAAGCACAGGUUUCAAGAUGCAGCAGGUAUCUUGUAUAGAGGGCCAGGUAUAGAGACAUGGCUGUGUGCAAGCAGAUAAUGUUGAUUUGAUAAGCCACAUGCUCCCUGGACCUUCCUUUUGAAGAGUGGGGUAAGCACAGCUCUUAGUGUGGCAAGUGGUCAGCACUCAAUUAACUCUCAGUUGCCUUCCUGAAAGAGGGGCAUCCUCACUGACAGGAGGAGGAGGAGGAGGCAUCUGCCUAGGGAUGUCCAGUGUCACAGGGCUGGAACAGUCCUCUGCCAAUCUGCUCAGCCCCUACCUUGGAUCCAGCUCUCCAUUCCUCCUCGCCGAGAUCAGGUGUUUCUUGGGGGCCCUCCCCAGGGCCGCCCAUCUCCAACUCCCUGAGCAGCACCUAUUCCUCCUUAGCAUCUGACCUGCAGUAGCUUCAUGGCAUCGCCCUCUUUAUGAAGUGCCCAACCCCAGUCAUCAUGUUUGGACUUGCCUGGAUAGCAAUAAUGAAAGUUGGCAAUUAGUUGGGGGCACGCAAGUUAUCCUUUUCUUCCCAGAAUGGCUCUUUUGACCAUAACUGGUCCAGUGAAUCAAAUACUUGUGGCCUAGGGUUGCCCAGCUCCAACUCCCUGAGCUCCUCAGAAUCCGGCCAUCUCCUUCAUGACACUGACUCUCAAUCACAAAUACGGGUUUAGGGACCUGUCGGGAACGCUUUACUGUGGGGGCAAAAACUACUGUACUGUAACAGUUGCAUUCCUGUGGCAGACAAGAUUGCCAAAGGAAGAGGAAGUUUAAAAGCAAGGGAAGCUUCCAAAGGGCUUUGGAACUCUUUAAACCAGGCAUCCCCAAACUUCGGCCCUCCAGAUGUUUUGGACUACAAUCCCCAUCAUCCCUGACCACUGGUUCUGUUAGCUAGGGAUCAUGGGAGUUGUAGGCCAAAACAUCUGGAGGGCCGCAGGUUGGGGGUGCCUGCUUUAAACCCAGUGGAAGCAAAAUAUCCUCAGCUAUAGAAUACUACUAAAGGACACUGAGUGUCUCUUGUGUAACUGUAUAACUUUAUGCUAUGUUUACUCAUUUCAGUGCCAGUUAAUUACAUAAUUAUUACCUUAUUCUGGUUGUAGGGUUAUACAUAUUUUUACAGGUGGCAUUUUACUUUUAAUAACAGCUUCAUUAAUUGGUUGUGUGUGUGUGUGUAGUGGGUGUUAAUUCAGCUGUGGGAAGGGCAAAUUAUUUCACAAUUGGGAGUUAGAUAUGCUUGAAAGAGGCAAAAUGCUCUGCAUUUAUUUUGCUUUUAAAACCCGGCCACUGAGUUUUUGCCAUGCUCCUUUGUUGUAUCAAAGGCAAUGUCCAAAAUCAACUUCUGUGGUGCUUUGAGAGUCACAACUAUGCAGCUACAACUUUUAAAUAUACCAGAGCAUUAAGAAUAUAAGUUUAAUUCUUUAUUUUUGAAAUGUGUGUGUUUGACUUACUUUGUUGCGUAUUUGAUGUAGUGCACUUACUUUCAGAAUUCGCUGUUCCAUGAAAUAUUUAUUUUCUGUAUUUAAUUUGUAUACAGUUCUUCCUCCCAAAGGAGCCUAGGGCAGCAAACACAUCCUCAAUGUUAAACAAACCCGUCUAAGAGUAAUCUUCUGUCAUUCCUAGUGUCCAGUGUCUUAACUAAUGCCAAACUAGAAUUUUCCACUCUCUCAAUAUACUCAACAGAUCUCAAAGCACUGAACAGUGUAUCAGUAUGUACUAUAAGAUACACAAGGCUCUCACUCAUUGGUAUCAUUACCAUCUGAAGGCAGCCCUGUUUAGGGAGGCUUUUAAUGUUUAAUAGAUUAUUUCAUUUCAUUUUUCUGUUGGAAGCCGCCCAGAGUGGCUGGGGAAACCCAGCCAGAUGGGCGGGGUAUAAAUAAUAAAUUAUUAUAUUAUUAUUAUUAUUAUAUUCUGAAGCUUCCACUGUAAAUUCUUGUAAAUUGAUGCUUCUAACUUACAUAAGGAUGUUCUAGUUAACCAUCGUGGCAAAAAGUUGUUUUGAUAUUUUUUGGGGGGAAAUUGUGGAUUUUGUUUAACUUUGGGAGUUGAAAAGAUGUAAGUGGUGAUAUCAAAUGUUAGUAGUCAAACUCAUACUUAACCCAUUGAUUUCAGUGAGUCUUGUAUGAGUAUGAUGUAGGUAUUGUUUUUAGUUGAACUGAGUGUUGAAUCCAUAUAUUUGCAGAAAGGGAGAACCAACAUCAAACAAAUUAUGCCUUCCAUUCCCUCCCUUUCCACUCCAAAUUAUUGCAUUUUCUGCCUUCAGUGCAGCAGCGAAAAGCAGAUUUCCACUGUGACUCCCACGGUCUUUAAACUAUGUAGUUAAAGCCGAUUUGGCGUCUAUACAGAACAAACAACACAGUAUGCAUUGCUUUAUGUUUGCUGAAUGUUAUCUGCCAUUUCACGGAUCCAAUUUGCAUUUUACCCCCAGGAAUGAUCGCAUCUUCUAAUUAAUACCAUAUCCUUUUGUUAAUGCUCCUUGCACACAAUCAGAGUUACUCUGCAGAGUUCAACUCUAGUGAAUCACAAAACUCUGAUUUCACUGAUCACAAAGCAGUUUUAUCCAGUGCUGAUCCAAACCCUCCUUCCUGCCCCAUCUCGUCGCACACCAUUUAAAUCUUUCUUAUUUAAUGUCCCUCUGUGUGGAACAGAAAACACUUUUACAAAUGCUAUCACCAGUGUCUCAGGUUUGGAAAUCCACCCUGGCGCUCCCAUCUUGUCUUCUUUGCACGCUUGCAUUGCAAACGUUCAGAAAACAUAUCACAAGACUUGGAAGCGAAUAUGAACGCAGCAAGGAACAGCAGUGUGUUUUGUUGUGAGUCAUGAAGACCUGGAUCAUUUGUAUCAAUGCCACAGUUCAGAGCUUCUGCUGCAAUAUCUUUUGGUAACUGUUUCCAUGGCAGGGAGCACAUUAUUCCAAAACAUGGUUCAGACACUUCCCUCUUGACAAGCAUAUUUAUAUUUGCUGUAUCCUGCUUAGAUGUUUUCGGCACAAGUUAGCAGCAUGUAAACAUUUUUAUAAAUAAAAUGAAAAUACUGGCAUUGGAAGUUCUCACAAGUCAGCAAUAUUUGCCAUUUCUUUUGCUGGCAUCAAGCAUUUAGGGUUUCUUCUUCUUUUGAUAGAAAACAAUGGAUGCCACCAAUUCUUCUUCCUGAGCGUCAUGUACCGACAACCGUUGCUACACUAGGCAACAAUUAGGAAAGGGGAAUCCUCCAAGCUUCUGUCAAACAAUUGCCUUCUGAUGAGGUUCUUUGGGCUUUGGUAUGUUGGCCUAGACAGGUGUUGUGGUUAUUCUGCAUGUGAAAGGGCAGGUCCUGUGACCUGUGUCAAGCUUUUCUAGGUCUUUGAACACAUACACAUUUACUGCAACUCUGUUUAACGUUAGUACCGUAUUGGCCUGAGUAUAAGCCGCACCUUUAAAAAAAAUUGGGGGGGGGGGAGAGACAAUACCUGAAUAUAAGCCGCUCCCUUAAAAUUCCGCAGGCACUCACACCCGUUCCAUUUUACCGUAUGACUGUGUUUUAGCAGCGACAUCGCAAAAGCCUAUUUUUGUAAGGUUGCGAAUUUAAGCUGUGCUUUAACUUUUCACAGUUGGAAUGUGGGGUGUGUGUGUGGCUUAUAUUCGGGCCAGUACAGUAAUAAGCAAAAGGAUGGGGGAGAACACUUCUUUUAAUUAAAAAGUGCAGAUAAAAUUUUAUGCCUGUCUCAUAACAGAUGUGGAUAUUCAAUCAAUGCAACCGAACCACUCCUGAAUCUGGUCCAAAUUUUAGAAAAUAAAGGAAUCACAUAGAUCAGUGGUUUUCUGGUUUGGGGAUAGGAUCAGAAUCUUAUUCUGAUGUGUGAAUGUCUCCUUGACUCGGUUGAUGUCCCUAUCCUCUAAUUAUCUCCUAUAAUUAGAUUUACAGUAAGCAGAAUGGCACCUGCUAUAGCCUUAGAAUGGCAAUUUCAAAAACUUCCUAUCUUAGUUGGGCUCAGUGCUCAGUCAUCAGCUGACAUCUGAAAUAAUUUGAUUCUGUACAUUUUUAAUAGAUUUUGGGAUGAUGGGCUUAUUCAGUCAGAGAGAGCGACUGAUGCAAGUUAAAUAGCUUCUGGGCUUCAUGCCUGCGCCACACAAAUUGCAUUGUUAGAGUACCCCAACUUUUUGGUAAGUGAAUACCUAAUUUCAUGGCUGCCAACACCAGCUACCUUUGAUGGGUGUAGUGUAUUCACACAUAUUAUUAAUUUGCUUGAGAUGGUUCUCUUUUGUACAGUUAAGCAGCUGCACGUUGAAACAGUUAUUUUCUAAGACCGUUGUUUAGGCAGUUUCUCUCUUGGUUAUAAAAAUAAGUAUUGAUUAAUUUUUGUUUACACUUUGUCAGAUUCGUUCACACUGAACAGCUGCAUGAGUUUAUAACCAGGGAUCUCAGGUCAGCUGGAAUACGUUAAAUAUAUUUUGCUGAAACAGAACAUGCAAAACUGAAAGUAUACAAGUUAAUCAUUAGUCUGCUAUCUUUUUGUGGGAAGCCAUAUUCACACAACAAGACAAAUAUAAUUAAUAUUGUUUAGUCUAUGGAUGCUAUCACAAACCUGUGUGUUUUCUCAUUGCAUAUUUGCAUGGGAAAGGUCAAGUAUUUAAAGAACUAAAAUAACAUGUUGACAUUCUUUCAUUCUCAAAAUAUUCCUUAAAGUUAUUCAUGGUUACAUUUUAUCUUCAGUCUUUAUCCUAAAAGAUAGCUAUAAUUGUAUAUUGGUUGGUGCUGAAAAUAAUUCAACUUCCAGGGAAACAGUGUCUGCAUCUCUGCCAACCAUGCACAGGUGUGUAGGGGGGGGUCACUUUGUGACACCUGAAUUCCAAAUCCUAUCCCUAACCUUGGUAAAGUUCUACCUAUCUCCGCCCCUUUCUUCCUACCAAAGAAGAAUAAUGCAAAUCAUGAACUUCUAACUAAUUGCUUAAAUGUCCCUUGCUGUGUUCUUUGGAAAGCUUUACCAAUUAUAUAAACGCUAGAAUUCUGACACUGCAUUGAUAGAACAGUUUUAUGACUUUGCAUUGCAGGUGAUGUCUUCUCAAUCAAACCAUUGUAUAUUUAUUGAACCAACUAGUGGGAGCAAUUAUAAUUUUUGUUGCUUUUCUACCAGUGCUUUUAUCCCAAAGCGUCUGCACUUCUCUGUUCAAAAUCUACAUGUACUCAGUGGAUGAACUUAGGACUACUAUGUAUGAGGUAUAAAUUACAAUUCCACCCAACUAUGAUUCUAUGAGUCAUUGUGCUUACUAGAUGGCCUUGAUCAAGUCACAGUUUUCCAGCCUUAGUUCUACAUUUGUAAAAUGGGGGAAAUAUCCACUUGCUUCGUAUAGUAUAGUUGUUGUAGUAGGAGUGGACUGUGCAGCACUGCUUCAGUGUAAGAGCAUUUAUGCAGUUCACUGGCAAUUACAACAAUCAAAAAUUCGUAAACCGAGGUGUUUGUAAACCAAGGUUCCACUGUAUGUAUGAAUUGUGAUGUGUAUCCUAUUGCCUUUGAGUUGGGGGACAAUUGGGCAGAAACAUACAUGCAAGUGAGGCAUUCAUUGAUUGCAUUCCAUCUGAAAUAAGCCCUUGGACUCAUGAAAGCUUAUAUGAUAGAUUAAACAGAAGACUAUUAUGAAUGGGAUGGGUAUAAAAAAGCACCAUGAGAAAGGAGAAAUAAUAAUGGAAACUGGCUUCAGAGAAAAAGUCACGGGUGACUAAUGAUAUGAACCUAAUGACCUGGAAAUGAGUUUUGAAUGAUAAAUUCCUUCCUCAUUCUAACUGUAGACCCAAAGUCCACAGUAAAGUUAAAGUCUUAAAAACAUUGUCAAAAUGAUUGAAACAGAUUUAGUUUCUUUUAUUUUUGACAAACCCGGCUUUUAAAAAAUCUGCACAUAUAUGUUCUUUCCUGCCUCUCAGUUGUUUUAAAUUCUUUGGCUUGCUGCUUUUUGCAUGUAAGGCUUGGUCUUCUGCCUUUUGAAACUGCCAGAACUAAUUUUGAGUCAGCCUGUAUACAUUUUAAUAUAGCAUUAUUCAGAGGAAACGGGGGAAUAUGCAUACUCAAUUGCAUGAUUCAUCACUAGAGAGACCUAGCCAAAUGCCACCAACAGAAUUCUUUUGAACAAUGCCACUGCCUUAAUGACAGAUUUCUCAUGCAGUCCAAAUGCCUUUCAAGAACAUGAGCCAAUGUUUUCUUCUCGCCUCUUAUGAAAGCAACCUUGUAUAGUCAUACAAUGCACCAGAAUACUACUUGAAAGGAAUAGUCUUUCUGGUAUGGAAAUUGUAUGAGUUGUAGCUUGGAAAAGUACCUUUCAAAUGUCAAAGUUGGGGUGCCCUUAAUAUUUCAAAUGACCCUGUAUUAACAUUGCAAAGUACUUCAUUCUUAAUACAUUUGUGUUCCACCGAGUUUUCCUAGUACGGCCUUAGAGCCAAGCUAAACUUUGUUCCCACCAAGGGGGAUGCUGCUGGAAAUAAAAUAGCCAUACUUAUACCUCUCUCUCCCCAUCACAUUAUCUCUAGGAGAAUGGUUCCAAAACACACUCUCACACGCCCAGGCCACUUGAAAAUUGUUGAGAGUACUUGGUCGACCACUCACGAUGUUUCUCCCUGUUGUAACUAUGGCAACGCAUUGGGUUAAAUGCUGUAUGCUUUUUAAAUUGCUUUUUUAUUUCUUAUGUGUUGCAUGUUAUUAUAUUAAGCCUGAAAUUAAUGGAAUUCAAAUUGUGACACCAUAAAAUGCGAGAGAAGAAACAGAAGAAACACUAAAAUGCAAUUAAAAUCAAUACAGAUAUUUAAUGCAACCGAUAUGCCUCCCAUGUUGUUGUUUAGUCGUUUAGUCGUGUCCGACUCUUCGUGACCCCAUGGACCAUAGCACGCCAGGCACUCCUGUCUUGCACUGCCUCCCGCAGUUUGGUCAAACUCAUGUUCGUAGCUUCGAGAACACUGUCCAGCCAUCUUGUCCUCUGUCAUCCCCUUCUCCUAGUGCCCUCAAUCUUUCCCAACAUCAGGGUCUUUUCCAAGGAUUCUUCUCUUCUCAUGAGGUGGCCAAAGUAUUGGAGCCUCAGCUUCACGAUCUGUCCUUCCAGUGAGCACUCAGGGCUGAUUUCCUUAAGAAUGGAUAGGUUUGAUCUUCUAGCAGUCCAUGGGACUCUCAAGAGUCUCCUCCAGCACCAUAAUUCAAAAGGUAAAGGCGCCCCUGACCAUCAGGUCCGGGCUUCCUGAUCAGAAGGUAGGCGGUUCGAAUCCCUGCGACGGGGUGAGCUCCUGUUGCUCGGUCCCAGCUCCUGUCCACUUAGCAGUUCGAAAGCACAUCAAAGUGCAAGUAGAUAAAUAGGGACCACUCCGGCAGGAAGGUAAAUGGCGUUUCUGUGCGCUGCUCUGGUUCGCCAGAAGCAGCUUUGUCAUGCUGGCCACAUGACCCGGAAGCUGUCUGCGGACAAACGCCGGCUCCCUCGGCCUAUAGAGCGAGAUGAGUGCCGCAUAUUCAACCACAAAUCCACAGGUGCCCCGUGGGCCAGCUCCGAGACCAUAGUUCGAGAACUCCUGUUCUAAGAGAAUUUUCCAUGUGACGCACUGUGACCACCCUGAGUUUCCUUGCCACAGUCAGUGGUAGCCAGUGCCAUGAAGCAAGGGCAGCAAACUCAUUUUAAGUGGGGGCAGGGAGAAGUCCAACUUGCUACAACCAGUUGGAUAGAAAAGCUAUUCACCACAUGGCUCCUGGAACUGGGGUACAAGCACCAAAACAGAACAGUUAGUUGCCAUAUCCCUCCCCCCAACGUGUCAGCGCUAUUUAUUUUUAUUUCCCCCCGAAACACACAAACGAAUACGCAAUUCACAUCAGUGACACAUUGUUAAAACCACGUUUUUAAUGGUUCUUAAUUGGUCGCCACAAACAUAAAUGAGGCUCAGCAAUAGUGGCCAACCAUAAGCAUUUAUAAAGACUGGUUGGUGUGCGUGUGUGGACCAUGGGUAGGCAAACUAAGGCUGCUAUAGCCUGGUACAAUACUUUGUAACUUAAAUUAGCAGGGGAUUUUAUUACCUUUUGGCACAAUUAGCCACUUCCUCAGCCAGGGUUUUUGCCUUCUCAAGGACUGUCCCCUGUGCUUUUACUACGUUGCAUAUUCCUUCAGACAACUCAAGGUAUCCUGUUCUUUUUAAAGUCUUCAGCGAUUAACAGUUUCGUGCUAUUUGUACAUCUCCUUGUUCACAAUGAAAUGGACCUCCCCUAGCCCUGCUACGGCCUCUUGGAUGCAAUGCAGCCAGGCACUGAGGAAAUAAUGUACCCUACUUGAGCUUGCUUUAGUUUUGCUGCAACAGUUCGCUGCUGCAAGAGACAGGCUCCUGGUCAUUUUGAAAAGCAGCUUAUUUCUUAGAGCAGGGGUCAGGGAUGAACGAAUUUCUAUGCCCCACAAAUAACCCAGAGUCGCAUUUUAAAUAAAAGGACACAUUCUACUCAUGUAAAACCAUGCUGAUUCCCGGACCGUCCGCGGGUCGGAUUGAGAAGGUGAUUGGGCCUCAUCCAGCCCCGGAGCCUUAGGUUGCCUACCUAUGUCUUAGACAUUAAGGGAAUGCUAUACGAAAAGUGUAUGCAAGCAGAACUAUUUUGGAUUGAAAUGCCUAAUUUAUUUUUUGUAAUUUUAUGUCCACCUCUUUUUGUGGGUGCAGGUACUUAAAAGUGGCUUACAGUUAAAGCUAGUAUAGAAUAAGAGAACAAGAAGAACAUACAUUUAAAGAAGAUUCGAAAAUGUUUGUUGAAUAUAUGGGGGGGAAUUGUGUGCACUUGAAAAUGUUGGCAGUGUUAAGAUAAACCCAACAGUGUAAACAAGUUUUGAUGGAUGUAAUUAUGAAAUUCUGAAUGGUUUAGUUUAUGUAAAAUAUGCAGGGAUUUAUCAUAUGUAAAAUGAACCAUGGAAAGAGAAGAAGGGAAGUCAUUGGCAUUUUAAGGUUGUUUCAAUGAAUGUUCUAAAUUAUAAAACAGAAAAUUUAAUAAAGUUAUACCUAGUACCGUGUUUCUCAUAUUAUAAGACACGUUUUAUAUUUAUUUUUUCCACAAAAAAACACACUAUGGCUUAUUUUCAAGGGAUGUCUUAUUUUUUUCCUCUUCCUCCUGCCGCGGCCAACAUUGCUGCUGCGCCUAUCACUAUGUCUUACUUUCGGGGUAUGGCUUAUAUUCCUUGAAUGCUUAAAAAUCCUGCUAUGGCUUAUUUUAUGGGUAUGUCUUAAAAUAUGAGAAACAGGGUAUAAGUAAUGUCUUUGUGUGUGCACCUCAUAGUUCCAUGAAGGUACCUACCUAAAAAGUUGUUUUUAAUUAGCACAGAGUAGUAGUGUGAGCUCCAUUCAUGCCCCUAUUUGGGGGGAAACUCAAAUUAAAAUUAAUCUGAUGUAUGUGUGUGUGUGUGUGUGUGUGUGUACACACACAUAUACAGUGGUACCUCUACUUACGAAUGUUUCUACUUACAAAUGGAGCUCCGUCCGCCAUCUUGGAUGCGGUUUAGAUAGGAUUGUUUCUACUUACAAAUUUUUAGAUGGGGUUGCUUCGACUUACAAAUUUUAUCCCAAUGCAUUCCUAUGUAUACCUAAAGGAGCGUCUCCACCCCCAUCAUUCUGCCCGUACACUGAGGUCCAGCUCCGAGGGCCUUCUGACAGUUCCCUCAUUGCGAGAAGCCAAGUUGCAGGGAACCAGGCAGAGGGCCUUCUUGGUGGUGGCGCCUGCCCUGUGGAACACCCUCCCAUCAGAUGUCAAAAAGGAAAACAGCUACCAGAUUUUUAGAAGACAUCUGAAGGCAGCCCUGUUUAGGGAGGCUUUUAAUGUUUAAUAGAUUACUGUGUUUUAAUGUUUCUGUUGGAAGCCACCCAGAGUGGCUGGGGAAACCCAGCCAGAUGGGCGGGGUAUAAAUUAUUAUUAUUAUUAUUAUUAUUAUUAUUAUUAUUAUUAUUCGACUUACAAUUUUUUUCGACUUACGAAUGUGCAUUCGGAACGCAUUAAAUUCGUAAGUAGAGGUACCACUGUAUAUAUAUAUGCGCUGCAUUUCUUCCUCCUUGCAAUAAAUGAUCUUUCUGGCAGUCUUGGAACUUGCCAUUUCUUAGGAUAUGAGAUUUUACAGAACCAUAGAGUUAUAAAUUUACCAUAGCAGUCUCUUGCUCUGAGACCUCGUGUCAUGUUGUCAUUUAUUGUUCUUGACGAUGGUGAGCCUCCAAAUGUACAUUGAUGGUUUAACAAAUACCUUUCGGUGGUGCUGCUUCCUAUGCAGAACUCAUUUUGUUUGGUACUGUACUCUGUAUCUCUCUUGUUGAGAAUAAGAAAUACGUAUGCUUACAAUGGGAAUGGAAUAUACAGUGGUGCCUCGCUUAACGAAUGCCCUGCUUAACGAAAUUUCUGCUUAACGAAAGGUUUUUUCUAGUGGAGGUUGCCUCGCUAGACGAAUUCGUUUUACGAAAAAAUCGUCUAGCGAAUCCCAUAGGAAUGCAUUGAAAUUCAAUUAAUGCGUUCCUAUGGGCAAAAAAAAAAAAUUCAAUGCAUUCCUAUGGGAUUCGCUAGAUGAAUUUUUCGUUGUAAGAAAAGACCCGUGGAACGAAUUAAAUUCAUCUAGCGAGGCACCACUGUAUAUAUAUUUUUCCGUGCACAUAUUUUUGUACAAUUUUUCAAGUGUUUAUAUUCCCCCCUUUUAUAAAACAAAAAUAUUUUAAAAGGAAACUAAUGAAAGAAAAGAAAAAAAAUGCUGGAAAUAUAUCACAAUCAUAAUUUGGUGUUGCAUUACAUCAUCUCAAAUAUUUUGGAUCUGGUGGAGAAUGUUACACUAGUAUUUGAUAAACAUGAGAAAGAGUUAGAAAUGAAUCCAGCUCUUUGAUACUGUACUUAAACUCACAGUGUCUUAUCAGGCCUAAUUAUUACGUACUCUCAUUAGACCAAGCCUGUAUAGUGGAUUGUUUUCUUCCAGUUACUGAACAGGGCUUUUCUGCACCCGUCUUUCCACUACUGCUGUCUGAGCCCACUAAAAAGCUGUGGAAAGCGGUAUAGGAGGCUACAGCAGGGAAAUAAGGUUGUUGUAAAGCUGGGACGCGGGUGGCGCUGUGGGUUAAACCACUGAGCCUAGGGCUUGCUGACCAGAAGGUUGGCAAUUCGAAUCCCCGCGACGGGGUGAGCUCCCGUUGCUCGGUCCCAGCUCCUGCCAACCUAGCAGCUCGAAAGCACGUCAAAGUGCAAGUAGAUAAAUAGGGACCGCUACAGCGGGAAGGUAAACGGCGUUUCCGUGCGCUGCUCUGGUUCGCCAGAAGUGGCUUAGUCAUGCUGGUCACAUGACCCGGAAGCGGUAUGCCGGCUCCCUCGGCCAAUAACGCGAGAUGAGUGCCGCAACCCCAGAGUCGGUCAUGACUGGACCUAAUGGUCAGGGGUCCCUUUACCUUUAAAGCAGGGAAGGGGUACCUUGCACAAAGCAAAGUGCCUUCAGCUCAGUGCAAGAGCAGCUUCAAAUCUACCCUAAUAAAUACACCGCAGCCUUUCCAUUGCAUAAGCAGGAAACUCUCUUAUAAGACGCUCCAGAAUUGACUUCCACUAAGUACCAUUAAAGCGCCUUUAAUGGCGUGUAGUUUUUUAUCAUAAAAUAGCAGAAGGAGGCUGAGAUAAGGAACUGAAAGUUACUGUUUUUGUUUUACGGACAGAAAUGCAAAGGAAAAAAAGGAACUGUGGAAGUGCUGCCAUUUUAUCAUUCCAGCGAUUUAGUUUAUUUCCCUGCAUCUGCAUGCUGGAUUUUUUAAAAUAUUUUUUUACGAUGUUGGCUUUCUGCUCGCCUUGAGAUUUUAUUUUAUUUUAAGAUGUUGGCUUUCUGCUCGCCUUGAGGUUGUUUUGAGGCAUAGCCACUUUGCCAAAGGGGGUGGGGAGACAAUCCUAAUUCCAUUUCUUACUUGUUUGCGGAGACUUAGCCAGUGUAAUCAGGAUAGUUGCAUAGUGAGCUGUAACUGAUUAUAUUAGGUCAAGGCAGCUUAUUUUGGUGCGUGUUUGCCUGGCUAGGUAGGCUGACAUGGUUGUGAUAAAACUGAAAAAUGUACAUUUUACUGCCAGUGGGAAGCAACAAGAACCUCUGUUCUAUUACACCAAGACAGCUGGUAAUUGUGUUGGGAAACUUGAUAAGAAGGCUAUCCUUCAGCAUCGUUUAUGUACUCGGAUAAAACAUAUAUUAUUAGUGCCUCAGAGAAUCGCACUCUUGCUGUGGGCAAAGGAAAUAUGCUGCCUCUAUAAAAGGCUGUCUAAUUCAGUUCAGAGUUGAACCUGGCUGUUUAGAGUUGAAAUUGGAUUGUCAAGAGGAGAAGUGUUGAAAGUUUUCCAGGCAACACUGCUAUAUCUCUCAGGCUUAUUGGUGGAUCAUCAAGGAGACAAAGUUAGUGUUGAAAAAUGUUCCUUGGAGGAAGAAACUACAGAAGACCACUCUUUCAGACAACGUUGGCUGUAUAUACAGUGGGACCUUGGUUUACGAACUUAAUCCAUUCCGGAAGUCCGUUCUUAAACCAAAACCGUUCUUAAACUGAGGUGCGCUUUCCCUAAUAGGCCUCCUGCUGCCGGUGCCCUUCCACCAUUCGGAUUCCAUUCUUAGACUAAGGUAAAGUUCUCAAACCAAGACACUAUUUCCGGUUUUGCGGAGUUUGUAAACCGAAUAGUUCAUAAACAGGGCUGUUCUUAAACCGAGGUACCACUGUGUGUGUGUGUGUGUGUGUGUGUUCGUUUGCAAGUCUGACAAGUGGAAACCUGAAAAGGCCUGAGGUUGUCGUAGGCUACAACAUAACCUGGGAACCAGAGCUAUGAACUGGAGCAUAAUUCUUUUGUGAUCUGAUUGGUUUUGCAGUGAAAUAGAUUCAGAGGUGGUUUUUAAGCUAUACAGUGGUACCUCUACUUACGAAUGUUUCUACUUACGAAUGGAGCUCCGUUCGCCAUCUUGGAUGCAGUUGGAUUUUUUUCUACUUACGAAUUUUUAGAUAGGGUUGCUUCUACUUACGAUUUUUUUCUCUCAAUGCAUUCCUAUGGGAUUCGACUUACAAUAUUUUUCGACUUACGAAUGUGCGUUCGGAACGCAUUAAAUUCGUAAGUAGAGGUACCACUGUAUUGAUAUUUACAACAACAUGUGCAACUUAAAACAAUUAACCACAUUGUAAAUGGUAUGCAGUGAGGGAAAUCCCACUAUGAGCUAUUAAUAGUUAAGCCACACUGUUUGCCAUUGGAGUUUCUAUUUAAUAUGUAACAGGCUAACCCUCGUGGCAGGGAUAAGGUUGUGUGUGUGUACCGCCAGAAAUUGCAUUUGAUGAGCCAUUCAACAAACUGGGGCACUAACACCUGUAAGGCCAAAGUUAUGAACCUUAAAAUGUCGUGAUGGCUUGCCUUACGAUGACAGAAAUGGAAGGCCCGGCUUCAUCUACUCUUCACCAGAAUGGUGGCGUCCUUGGGAAUACGGCCGUUUCCACGCACGCAGAGCCACUGCUUCGAGUUUACUUGUAUCAUUCCCAAGGAAGGAUGGACGCCGAUUAUCUACAGUUUCCAGCAGGAGAGUACGUUGCAGAAGAGAUCUGUGUUGCUGCUUGUAAAGCUUGCGGUAUCUUGCCGGUGUACCAUAACAUGUUUGCACUAAUGAACCAGACGGAUAGAUGCUGGUAUCCUCCGAACCACACCUUCCAAGUAGAGGGAUCAGCCAGUCUCACUGUUCUCUACCGGAUAAGGUUUUAUUUCCCACACUGGUAUUGUAACAGCAAUGUGCGAGCAUUUCGGUACGGUGUUUCCCGAGGUGCAGAGAGUCCUGUCCUUGAUGACAUUGUCAUGUCUUAUUUGUUUGCUCAGUGGCGGGAAGACUUUGUCCAUGGCUGGGUGAAGAUGCCUGUUACUCAUGAAACACAAGAAGAAUGUCUUGGCAUGGCUGUUCUUGAUAUGAUGAGGAUGGCCAAAGAAAAGGACCAAACCCCAUUAGGCAUCUACAAUUCUAUGAGCUACAAGAUGUUUUUGCCAAAAUGCAUCAGGGAAAAAAUCCAGGAUUAUCACAUUCUGACGCGAAAGAGGAUCAGAUACAGGUUCCGCAGAUUUAUUCAGCAGUUUGGCCAGUGCAAAGCAACCGCCAGAAACUUGAAACUGAAAUAUCUCAUAAAUCUGGAGACCCUCCAGUCUGCCUUUUAUUCAGAAGUGUUUGAAGUGAAGGAGCCUGGUAGAGAGCCUUCGGGGGAAGAGAGUUUUGCAACCAUUGUUAUAUCCGGAAACGGUGGCAUUCAGUGCUCAAGAGGGAAGCACAAAGAGAGUGAGACGCUGGCAGAACAGGAAAUACAGACCUAUUGCGAUUUUCCCGACAUUAUCGAUGUCAGUAUUAAGCAAGCCAGCCAGGAAGGUUCUGGCGAGAAUAGAAUUGUAACCAUUCACAAGCAAGACAGCAAGAAUUUGGAAGCUGAAUUUCAGUCACUAAGAGAGGCUCUUUCUUUCGUGUCAUUGAUUGAUGGAUAUUACAGAUUAACCGCAGAUGCCCAUCAUUUCCUCUGUAAAGAAGUAGCACCCCCUUCCAUCAUUGAGAAUAUUCAGAGCAACUGUCAUGGGCCAAUUUCCAUGGACUUCGCAGUCAGUAAACUGAAGAAAGCUGGCAAUCAGACGGGCUAUUACGUUCUUCGUUGCAGUCCAAAGGAAUUCAGGAAAUACUUCCUUACCUUUGCAGUCCAGCGAGACAGUACCACGGACUAUAAGCAUUGCUUGAUCACAAAAAAUGAGAAUGGCGAAUAUAAUCUCACUGGAACUAGAAGAAAUUUUACAAACCUCAUGGAUCUCUUGAACUGUUACCGGACAGAAACUGUCCGGUCAGACAGUAUAAUUUUUCAGUUUACCAGAUGUUGCCCUCCAAAGCCAAAAGAUAAGUCCAACCUCCUUGUCUUCAGGAGCAAUGGAAUUUCUGACUUGCCAUCAUCGCCCACCUUGCAGAGGCAUAAUAACGUUAACCAGAUGGUCUUUCACAAAAUCCGGAAUGAGGACCUGAUCUUUAAUGAAAGCCUUGGCCAGGGCACCUUCACUAAAAUUUUCAAAGGUGUGAGGAAAGAAGUGGGCGACUAUGGCAAGCUGUAUCAAACUGAGGUGCUACUCAAAGUCUUGGAUAAAGUCCACAGGAAUUAUUCUGAGUCUUUUUUCGAAGCAGCAAGCAUGAUGAGCCAGCUUUCCUACAAGCACUUGGUAUUGAAUUAUGGAGUUUGUGUCUACGGAGAAGAAAAUAUUCUGGUGCAGGAAUAUGUAAAAUUUGGGUCAUUGGAUACUUAUUUGAAGAAGAAUAAAAAUUCUAUAAACAUCUUGUGGAAGCUGGAAGUUGCAAAGCAACUGGCAAUGGCAAUGCACUUUUUCGAAGAUAAAAACCUUGUUCAUGGGAACGUAUGUGCAAAAAACAUCUUGCUUAUCAGAGAAGAAGAUAGGAAAUCCGGGAACCUUCCUUUUAUCAAGCUCAGCGAUCCUGGCAUCAGCACCACAGUUUUGCCAAAAGACAUUCUACUUGAGAGAAUACCAUGGGUUCCACCUGAAUGCAUUGAAAAUCCAAAGCAGCUGAGUUUGGCAACGGACAAGUGGAGUUUUGGAACCACUCUGUGGGAAAUCUGCAGUGGAGGAGACAAGCCUCUUAGUGCCCUGGAUUCUCAAAGAAAAUUACAGUUUUAUGAGGAUAGGCAUCAACUUCCUGCUCCUAAUUGGACAGAACUAGCAAAUCUUAUAAACAACUGCAUGGAUUAUGAGCCAGACUUCAGACCCUCUUUUAGAGCGGUUAUACGUGACCUUAACAGUUUGUUCGCUCCAGAUUACGAACUAUUGAAAGAAAGUGAUAUGUUACCAAAUAUGAGAAUUGGAGCUCUUGGGUUUUCUGGGGCUUUCGAAUGCAGGGACCCGACUUACUUUGAAGAGAGGCACCUGAAAUUUUUGCAGCAACUUGGCAAGGGGAAUUUUGGCAGUGUGGAGAUGUGCCGGUAUGACCCGCUGCAGGACAACACAGGGGAAGUGGUGGCUGUUAAAAAGCUUCAGCACAGCACGGAGGAACACCUGCGAGACUUCGAAAGAGAAAUCGAAAUUCUUAAAUCUCUGCAACAUGACAACAUUGUGAAGUACAAAGGCGUGUGCUACAGUGCCGGCCGGAGAAAUCUGAAAUUGAUAAUGGAGUACUUGCCCCACGGAAGUUUGCGAGACUAUCUCCAGAAGCACAAAGACAGAUUGGAUCAUAAGAAACUCCUGCAUUAUGCCUCUCAGAUAUGUAAGGGUAUGGAGUAUCUGGGUUCAAAAAGAUACGUUCACAGAGACCUAGCAACACGGAAUAUCUUGGUGGAGAAUGAAAACAGAGUUAAAAUUGGAGACUUUGGCUUGACGAAAGUUUUGCCUCAGGACAAAGAAUACUACAAAGUCAAGGAACCAGGAGAGAGCCCCAUAUUUUGGUAUGCUCCAGAAUCACUGACGGACAACAAGUUUUCUGUGGCUUCUGAUAUGUGGAGUUUUGGUGUGGUCCUCUAUGAACUCUUCACAUAUAUAGACAAGAACAAAAGCCCCCCAGCGGAGUUCAUGCGCAUGAUUGGGAAUGAUAAGCAGAACCAGAUGAUUGUGUUCCAUUUGAUAGAGCUUCUAAAGAACAACGGGCGGCUGCUCAGACCUGACGGAUGCCCAGAUGAGGUCUAUGCCAUCAUGACGGAGUGCUGGAACAACAGCGCCAGCCUGAGACCCUCCUUCAGGGAUCUUGCUCUGAGAGUGGAUCUCAUAAGGGAGAGCAUGGGUGGGUGAACAUGCUGGAAUUCACCCAAAGGGACAUGUCGACAUGCACAGCAAGUGUGUCCUGUUCUUCGGGAGGUUGCAGAUCGUUGCUCAUCCCUCACCCAUUCAGAGACGGCAGCAAAACCAUCCCAUCCAACCUCGCACGUGACGACGAAGGAUGUGGCUUAGUUUCUUCAUCGGGAAUACUAGCGCGAUGCAUCGAUGAAAAGUGCUUUGGUAGCAAAGGAACUGCAUUUUAUUUUAUUUUUGAAGCAAAAUAGUGUCACAUGAUCAGUAAGCAUCACCGUGGUUUGCCUGAUAGGACAACUGCAGAAAAAAAUCAUAAUGAUGUCAGACAGGGAAGCUAUGGAACGAUAAGAAGAUUGGGUGGAGGCGUGGCGAUUUAGGUACAGUCGUGUGCCUGCGGAUUGCUAUUGAACAAUGAUACUUGCUUCUAUGGAGCCAUAUAUAGGACUGUGCUCUUCAGCAGCAGUUGACUUGCAGAGUUUCUGGCAGCACAGCUACCAGAAGACUUUGCGCUCCCAGCUGCACCACUUUGAAAAAGAGCAAACGUUUGCACUUAACAAUGGAUUUACCGGUGCAUGGAUUCCUCUUUUCGCUACCCCUUAUUUUGGUUCCUCCCCCUGUUAACCUUCGUCCACUUUUGCCUGCCGUAAGAGGUGAUGUUAUGCCAGAGGAGGCUAUGUUUCACGUAGCUUGGAACGGUGUGUUCCUUUGCGUAGACGAACAUUUCUCUAGGUGUGUGCAGUUAUGCAGUUCUGUGAGAAACUUAAAGAUUGUUUUUUAAAGGAUAAUAUAGGUGUAGCAGAGAACACAAAGCACCAAUCAAGAUGAGAGAAGGUUGCUGGUGGGUCCUGGCGAUAGCUUUUAUGUCCUACAACUGCCCAAUGUUGCGCCAGCACAAGGACUGCUCAAAACGUGGCAGCCAUACGAAGUUGAGGCUCUGCUGCAGAAGUGUUUCGUGCCCUGCAAGCUGUUGCUGAGUAAGUCUGAGUUGCAGAAAGCAUCAGAAAGAAGCCGCUGGAAUACCUUUUUGACUUUUUCCUGCAGUGAACUAUGAGCAGUUUAGCCUCCUGUUCCAUGCAUUGCACAAGAGACGCUGUUUUAUGAAAGGGUUUGUUGCUGUUUAUUAAUAGUUUUAAAACUUUUUUUUACAUUGUCAAGGCGUUACGGCUUUAAUGUGUAGAAGAAAGGCUUAAAAAAAGAAAGAAAGAAAAAUAGCUGUUUAAGCAACUUCUGUGUGCCUGUCUAAGCCAGCCAUAGAAGAGAUGGACUGUUCAGGCAGUGUGAUGUACUGUAAAUACUUCAAAGGAAAGGGAACAAAUAAGAAGAGAUAUUUUUUUAAAACAAACACCUGCUGAAAAUUGCAUUUUUAAAUGAACAAGUAUAUAUAACAGUCUAUUUUCCUAUGUAUGUUGUGGAUAUGUCAAGCGCUGACCGUGUCUCCUUAAGGUACAGUUUUUUGAAAUCAUGUCAUAGGCAGCAGUUUAAUAUGUUCCCCAUGCUAAACUUGGUUAGCCUUGCCAACCUUCGCAGAUGCUGCAUUUUCCCUUUCUACCCUCUUCAACUUUUUACUGGGUGGUAAAAGUAAAGUAAAAGCAGUAAAAAGUUGGUAAAAGUAAAAGUAAAAGCAGGCUUCCGAUGUUACGAAGAACAAAUGUCCCCCAUCUGGUCCGUCCUACUCUUCUUCAGGUAACUGAAUAAUUUGGCUCUGUGUAAGGGUAGCCGUGUGAUUUUUCCUUACUUGUACACAGCCCAACUCCUUGCGCACCGGAGUCGGUGGCGCAAAUUGCCAUUUGCCAGCCUAGGAACACAGAGAGUAAAAACCAGGUACAGUGGUACCUCGACUUACGAAGACGAUCCGUUCCACGGCGCUCUUCGUAAGUCAAGGUUUUCGGAUGUCGAAGCGGCUGUUCUGCGCAUGCGCGAAGCACGAUUUUGCACUUCUGCGCAGGUGCAGAACGUGUGCGCAGGGCGCACGCGGCAAAAAGACUUCCGGGGUUGUCGACUUCAUAAGUCGAAACCUUCGGAAGUCAAAGCAUUCGUAUGUCGAGGUACCACUGUAGUAGCAUCAGACUCUCUCUCUUGCCCCUAAUGAUUUGGCUGUCUGCUUCGGAGCUGGCCAGAGUACUUUAACAGAAGGGCACUGGGAAUUUCCUCUUCUCUCACUGGUUGCCCACCAAGCCCUGCUUUGGUGGCUUGCAAUAGAAGUAUCCUCCUUGGGAGAAGGUGCUGAGAAGAUGUUUGCAUCCUAAAAUCAAAAGGGGGGGACGUCAGUUGAAAGAGGUAGUUGCUUUCCACUAUGGAGACGGAAUGAAACUUGAAACGUACUUCGGCGUAUGGCAGAACGUGCUUAGGUGUGCUAUGAACUUAUGUACCUACCUCAGAAAUGGAGGACGGUGCAGCGAUGCGAGUUUUGCUUGAGGCUAAGAAGUACCUCCAAAAGUUGCAGUUACUUACCAGGUGAACUCCAGUCUAGGAAUAUUUUGUGCCACUCUGUGCUCUGGCAUGUGCUGAUCGAAAGGCUUUUUGGGUACUUGUGAAGCUCUCCUUUCACACAUGCAGGAGGCUAUAAUUCUGUUUUACAAGCAGGGGUGUUUCACACGCACGAUGGGCAUACGGAACAGCAAUUCUUGUUUCUAAGUAGAGAUAGGAAACGCUGGCGUCUUUUCCUCUGGUAAAGACAUUUAUUUUAUUUGUAAGAGAGUUAUGCCAAGCAACUGCAGGGGGAUUGGCGGAAGGAGGAGGACGUGGGAUUGAAAUUGUGGGUAGCCAUGUUUUGUAACAGCACGUUAUGUUUAAAUGGCUGGAAAUGUUUGCAUUUUAAGAGACAGUUUCACAAUGUAUAUUUUUUAAUUGCUUUUGGUCGAAUACAUUGCACAUUUGUACAUUGCUUUGAAGUUGAUUUUAAAACAGGUUGUACAUGAAAUAUAUUUUCUUUUUUGUAGACUAUUUACGUGUAUUGUUUUUGUUUAAGUUCCGUUUUAACCGAAAUCAUAGUAGCAUAAGGUUUAAAGCGACAACAAGUACCACGAUAAACAAAUGCAGCCGUCCGACCAUGGCAGAAAUGCAUCUUCUAUGUGAUGAAGGAUUUCAUAUUCCAUAUUUUUUAAUUUAAAAAAGGGAAGAAAGAAGCCUCAGGGAAUUUUGUGUAACGCAACAAAGAGUUCUUCCAUAGUGGUUUUUAAGUAAAUAAAAAUGUAUUUUGUUU